GUGAUCUGUGGCCAAGAAGAAGCAGGGAAAGGUGCAGAGCAACGGGAACCCAAGACCCAGGAGGGAGAUCAAGUGCAGAAGACAAGAGGGCUGCUCUCUCCAAAGCCCUUGUUACCUCCAACCUUACUGCAGAACAUGACCCUUCUGGAGCUGGUGAGCAGAUCAUGGGAGUUAUGGGAUAUCCUGGACAACCUGUCCAAGCAGGACCAUGCUCCACACCCUAGAGGACAGAGGGACUUGGGGCCAGCCUCAGGCAAGCUUAAAAAAAUUUUUGGCUGGGGAGAUUUCUAUUCCAAUAUCAAGACAGUGAAGUUGAACCUCUUGAUCACUGGAAAGGUGGUUGAUCACGGCAACGGCACAGUCAACGUCUUCUUUCGACACAACUCUACCGGGCAAGGCAACAUCUCCGUCAGCCUCGUCCCCCCCACCAAGGCAGUGGAGUUUGACCUGGAGCAACAGAUCUUCAUCGAGGCCAAAGAAUCCAAAAUCUUCAACUGCCGCGUGGAGUACGAGAAAGUGGAUCGUGCCAAGAAGACCACGCUCUGCACUUACGACCCAUCUAAGACCUGCUACCACGAGCACACCCAAAGUCACGUCUCCUGGGUCUGCUCAAAACCCUUCAAAGUCAUCUGCAUCUACAUCACCUUCUACAGC